UUCCUAUCCACGUGUCAUCCUCAAUUCCUGUGGCGUCAAAAUUUUCUCCAUUCUUAGCAAAGGAAAAAAAAAAAAAUCUACUUUCCUUUUCUCCACAUUUUACCCUUUUUUCUUUUCUCUUGUUACUUUUCUCCGAUUAAUUCCGAUCAUUUCCCUUUUCGAUCCCUCAAAACAAUGCCGGAGAUCUCUACCGUUUGUUUCUCCGUUUUCUCUUCCAUUCCACCGUCUUCUUCCCGUUUGUUUUUCCGUAAACUGCCGGUUUUUCCGACUCGAUCGCCGGUCCGGUUCAUUGUGAAAUCGUCCGGUUCAGGUGGUUUCCUUGGGGAUGAUGCACUUGGACCGUAUCCUUGGGAAUCUUCUUGCUCCAAUGAUCCUUCCGUGCAGUGGGUACAGGAGGAGAAAAUCACACUGUUCACUGCUGAUGGACUCUUUCAAAUUGGGGGCAACAUGGUCAAGCGACAAAUGUCUUCGUUUGAUAAGAAGCAGGGAAAAUUGAAAGUGUCUCCGAGACGAUUUCGUGAGAGCAGUUACAUGGAUCCAAAUCAAAGCCUCUGUUUGGGUGCUCUCUUUGACAUCGCAGCGACUAAUGGCCUUGACAUGGGCAGGAAACUAUGCAUAAUUGGUUUUUGCCGUUCUAUAGAGAUGUUGAGUGACGUUGUGGAGGACACUGUUCUGGAGCACGGUGGGGAGAUUGUCUCGGCAGAGAAAGCCAGCAAGGACAAUUUGCAGGAAAAGCUAACCAUGACUGUUGCAGUGCCGCUACUUUGGGGAGUUCCUCCUGCGUCUGAAACAAUCCACCUUGCAGUUCGAAAUGGUGGAGGCAUUGUAGAUAAAGUUUACUGGCGAUGGGACUUCCUGUAGAUAAAUAACUAAGCUCCAUGGCCUUUGUUUGUGCAUUUGUAAAUAUUGUUGUUAUUCUUCUGUACAAAAUUGGAAUAUUUAGCUUAACCUGUGUACUCUAGAUGUUCAAAGAAUGCAUCCAUCAUUCUGAAUUGUAAAGUGGCCACCCCAAGAUGACAAAUUACCUGUCAAUAAAAAUUUAAGUUGAAUUACUUUGUA